AUGAAGGUUCUCGAAAUAUUUCUUAUAUCAAUGCUUGUGGUAUUUUCAAAUUUUGUCUCUGGUCAUGAUUGUUCUAACGGCAGAGGCGACUAUGACGAUAGAGAUGAAUGCACAGACGAGGAUUCUCAUAUAACGAAGAAAACUGUUAUUAUUGUUGCUAUUAUUGGAUCUUUUUUUGGCCUUAUGUAAAUUUUAUUUUACUCCUAGCUUGCGCAACUAAAGAAUUAAAUAACCUUUUUAUUGAGAAAAAAAUACAUAAGGAAGCAAAAAAUUAUUUCAACCUCUAAGUGAUGAUUGCUUUAACGAAAUCUCUAACUAAUUUAUUGAUUUUUAUACAUCUUGUAUUCUAAAAUAUAAAUUUUGCAAAUUAAAUUAAUUUUACUUUCCAAUUUUUAGAAUUUAUUAAUUUUUUUAGAAUUUAUUAAUUUUUUUAAAAUUUAAAAAUUUUAAAAAAAUUAUCUCUCUUAUGAUUGAGCAAAAUAUUUGGCUCGCUUGUGCAGGAGAAGUUAGAGGAAUUGGAGUAUGCAUAUUUAUAAUCAUAAGAGAUCAUAAGCGCGCAGCAAGGCAAGCAAGCAAUCCUGAGUUAUCUACAAAUAGAAACCUUGCAGAAUUAACAAACCUAAGAAAUAACAGUUUAGAAUGCGAAAAUCAUAAAAAAACAAUAAAAAUUUGCCCAAAAAUAAUAAAUAAGCAUAUCCCAUCACGCUUGUUUAAGGCUGGAGAAAAUUUAAGUGACAUAUUAGUAUGCACAAUCUGUCUGAGUAAUAUUGAGGGUGGCCAGCUAAUAAGAACUCUUUCGUGCAAAGAUAUUUUUCAUGCAGCUUGUAUAGAUGAAUGGCUAGUUGAGUCAAAAAAAAACAGAUGCCCAAAUUGCAAUGCAGAAAUAAAUUUAAAAUAG